AUGGACACCUGGACAGUCAUCAUCAUUCUGCACUACUUCCUGUUGGCCUCUUCAGUCCGAUCAGCUCCCGUCGGCUCGCUGUCCAGCCUCCCUCCUGCGUUCAGAGAGACCGCCGUGGAGGCCAAGACGCUGGGGGAGAAAAUCCUGAAGGACAUUCCUGCAGCGCACAGCGCCACAGUCAAUGUGUUCAGCCUCGAUUCUUCCAGUCAGACGUCAAACCUGCAGAUGAUGGCAGCGUCGAUGGGAAUCCCCUCCUCCCCCGUCCUCAAAGCGCUGUCUGAACACUUCACCCUGGACAUGUGUGUGAGCCGGAUGCUUGCAGGCGUUCAGAUGUACCAGAACCUGCUGGAGGUUCUGUCCAGCAGAGUGAAGGGUAUGGAGGACCUGAAAGUGGACCUUCGUGACCUGCUGAACCACGUCAAUAAGCUGAAGGAGGUGGCGCAACUCGGAUCGGACGUCUCCGAUCAGAACCCGGUUUCGGACCUGGCCUCUCAUCUCCAAGACAACUACAGCAUCCAGGUGGCGGUCCACGUUACGCUGACUCAGCUGCGCUCCUUCUGUCAUGACCUGAACCGGACCUUCAGAGUCCUCACCACCUACAGGCCAUGACCUGCAGGUGCACGCUAAGCCCCGCCCACCGGGAAUGACGCCAUGUGAUGAUGUGGACCUUAAAGAGCUGCAGGAUCCGAGUAGAGCCUCUCAUGAUCGCACGGAGAAGAUCUUUGCUGAGCAGCGAUCAAUUAUCGGUGAUCUUCUGCAUGUUCCUUCAUCAGCGACAGCUUUGGAUUCUCUAAAAGCUCGAGCAGAACAGACCAAAGGAUCCAGAGAACCUGAUGCUGAAGGAUCCAGAGAACCUGAUGCAGAUGCAAGCUCGCUGUUUGAUUGUGUUCUGCAGCAGCUGUACAUUCAGAUCCUAAAAGCUGCAGCAGGUUUUCAGACUAUGCACUGCUGAGAAUUUUCUGUUGGUGAAGAUGAACAGCAGCAGCUAAUCUGCUCAUCUUAACGCUGAAUCGGAUCCAGGAGCUUGCUGAAGGUCUGUGUUUGUUUCGGCACGUCGAGCCGCUCCAUAAGCUGGAGAUCAGCAGGAAUGUGAGCGCGGCCGCAGGAAGAAACGUGUUCUGAGACUUUUAAGGAAACAAGAAAGAGCUGAUUGUGAAGGAGAUCUGCAGGCCUGGACCCGCGCGGCGCUCUUUUGUUCGACUGUUUAUCUUCAUCUGCAGUGAAGCUGCAGGGCAAACCCCAAAAACAGCGUUUAAUUUAUAAUCUGCUGACUGUCAAAACUUAAGAUCACCUGAGGCUGAAACACGGAUCAGAUUCUAACAUUUAUUAGUGCAGAAACAAUCCAAUCAAACACAUCUUGCAGUUAUUCUCUUUGUAUUUAUUCCAAAUAACCUCAGGGCUACAGGAACAUUAAGCUGCCUGCACACUGAGAACUAUGUUUACAGCUAAAGCUGCAGCAGGGGGUUCUGAGAAAACGGUUUGAUUUGGCCUGAAAACAAGCACACCUGCUGCGGCGCAGCCCUCCCUCCACAGCAGAGCCUGCCGCGCUGCUCCAGAGUUUACCUCAUUUUAUUUCAGGCUAACUCUUUCUGGUUAGCUUCCUUUUUCUCAUCGGUCUUCUUCCGCUUCUUGGUCAGUUUUCCUCUGACGUUAGGUUGUUUCAGUAAUCUUGGCAGUGCUGUGCGACGGAGGGGUGUGGCUGACAUUCCUCCGGGCUCUGAUUGGCUGUUUCUGACCGGGAGCGGGGUGUUUCAGCGAAUCACAGCAGGAGCACUGGGAGGAGCCAGGGGAGCUGCAUUUUUCUCACAGAAUACCCAUCUCAUAUUCUACUUUCAGGACACAGUGACAGUUUUAACAAAUAUGUCCAAAAAUAAAUUUUUACAGAAUGUACUUGCUGCAGCUUUAACAACCAAAAGAUUAAUUCCCAUAUAAAAAUAUUAUUUUGUUCAGUUUAAUCAUCAUUAGUGAAGCUGAGAUGCAAAUAUUACUUCCUGUUGCUGCCUUUCACAGUAAAUAUAUAUUUUUUACAUACUUUGAAGCAUCGGCAGGAAGUGAAAUUAUCUAGAUCUCUUCAAAAUAAAACACAUGAGCAGUUCAUUUU